CAUGGACAGACAUGGGGACAUGGACAGACGGGAACAGAUGGAAACCUGGACGUGGGGACAAGAGGACACGGACAGACGGACACAGGAACGUGGGGAUAUAGGGACACGGGUGCACAGACAGACACAGGGACAUGGGGACAUGGCCACGGACAGACUGACGUGGGAACAGAUGGGAACACGGACACGGGGACACAGACAUGGGGACAGACAGAAGGACACGGCCAUGGAUGCGUGGGGACACGGACAGAUGGACACGGGGAUGUGGGGACACACGGACACGUGGGUACAUGGAGAUGGGACACAGACGGACAGACACACACGUAGGGGUGUGGACACACGGACACAGCCUGUGACACACUGUGACACAGUGUUACACACACUUACAAAAACCCCAUUACACACACCCCGUUACACACACAGUUACACACUCAGUCACACCCUAAAGCCCUGUAACGACCCUCACAUGGCGGCUAUGGGGCACACGCCCCGCUGCACACUCACACGAUGGCCCCCCAUCUCACACCCAUUACACGGGGAUAGCGUCACACACCCGCCGUUGCACGCUCGCAGUGACACGCAGUCACGUGGUUUACACGCGCACCGUCGCACCCCACCGGGGCCGUUACGCCGUUAUCCGUUUCCCCCCCCCGCGACGCCGCACUUCGGCCCUGGAUGGCGGCACCGGGACCGGCGCUGGGGCCGUCCCUGCGCCCAUCCGUUGAGCGGUACCUGCGGGAGCGGCCGGAGGUGGCGAUGCUGCUGCGGGGGCUGCUGCGGGAGGUGAUGCUGCGACGGCCCCGCAACGUCCUGGAGUUUGCUGCAGGUGGGGGGGAACACCGGGGGACCCCACAGUCAUUGUGGGGACAGUGAUACCCCAGGGCGUAAGGGGACCCCACUGGAAUGGCGGGGAUGGGGGCGGGGGGGGACAACACAUUAGAGAAAUGGUGACACUGUGGCAUAGCAGGACCCAAUUCCUUUAGGGGGACAGCAGCAACCCUAAACCAGAGGGAGCAUUUGGGGAGUGUCACCAAGGCCGGGGGGGAUGGGGGAGCCUUUAGGGACAAGGACAUCAAGGUGUGGGGGACCCACAAAGGGGACAGUGGCAUGAGGGUGCAAGAGGGCACCGGGGACAGUGACACUGAGGGGUGGGGGGGACCAUCUGGGAGCAGUGCCACCGAAGUGCAGGGAUCCAUCUGAGGACAGCGCCACAAAGCACAGUGUC